AAACUUUUCUGAGCAGGGAACAUUUGCAGGUUAGAGGCUAUAUAAAGCUAUUGAAGGCUGACGACAAAAGCAUCCCACUUCAACUCCUAGGAUUUUCUAAACUCGAAGAAACUUCUGCAUUGGGGUUGAAAUGGCAAGUUUACGAGCUUUCUUGGUAGCUCUAUUCAUCUUUGCAGUGGCAUUUGAUCUAAGUUCAGUUAAUGCCAAAUUCUCCAAGAGCAUGUAUUUCUAUUGGGGUGCCCAUCAUUCGUCAAUACUUGGCAAUGGCGACGAUCUUCAACUUGUCUUGAAUCAGUCGUCAGGCUCUGGUGUUAAAUCGAAGCGUCCGUUCCUAUUUGGAAGCAUUCAAAUGUUAAUUAAGCUGGUACCUGGGAACUCAGCUGGAACUGUCACUGCCUAUUACGUAUCCUCUUCUGGGGACAGACACGAUGAAAUAGACUUCGAGUUCUUAGGGAAUACAUCUGGACAGCCAUACACCAUACACACAAACAUCUACACUCAAGGAAAUGGAAGCAGGGAACAGCAAUUCCGCCCCUGGUUUGACCCAACUGCAGAUUUCCAUAAUUACACUAUACAUUGGAACCCUACUGAAGUUGUGUGGUACAUUGAUAAUGUACCAAUCCGCGUAUACCGUAACUACGAAAAUGAGGGGAUUGCUUACCCAAACAAACAGGGAAUGAGGGUUUACUCCAGCUUGUGGAAUGCUGAUAACUGGGCAACUCAAGGUGGGCGAGUUAAGAUUGAUUGGACAGUGGCACCCUUCAUAGCAAGAUACCGCAAUUUUAGGGCAAGGGCUUGCAAGUGGAAUGGACCAGUUAGCAUAAAUCAAUGUGCUGCCAACACCCCAGCGAACUGGUGGACAUCCCCCGCCUAUAGCAAGUUGAGCAAUGCCCAAUUGGAUCAAAUGAAGCGGGUCAGAGACAACUACAUGAUCUACAACUACUGCAAUGACACUAAGAGGUUCAAUGGACAAAUGCCACCUGAAUGUUUUAAGGCACAGUUCUAAAAUGGAGCAAGGAUAUUCAUCCCGGAAACUUCGGUUCCUUUUCCUGCCACCAGCAUUCAACUGCAAUACAAAUUUUUCUUUAAACAUAUUGAUUUUGUUCUUCGUUUUUCGCAUCCGUGUUUCAUGCAAUUCCAGAUUUCAUUGUUUCCAUCCAAUGUAACGAUUGAUUUUGAACACUAUAUCCCAAAUAUAUGAUAUAAAGUUUGAUACAUUAA